AUGGAUAAAAUAAUGAAAAGUAAUACAUUGCCAAAUCAGACAAAUGUUAUAAAAGUAUCAUAUAUUCGUCGUCAACGAUCACUUAAGCAUGAAACACCUGCUGCUAAUGACAAAACACGUCAUUAUCGAGAUCAUGCGCAAAAGCCAAGAAAUAAUCGAACAUAUCAACAAAGUUCAGAAAAUACUCUAGAUUCUGUAACUCCAAUAGCUGUACUCCGUUGGAAUCAAACAGGUAUUACUGUAGCAGGUAUUAGCGGAAUAGCAGGCAAUGCCAGUAAUCAAGUCAAUGGUCCUUAUGAUGCGACAAUAGACUAUCAAAAUAGACUAUACAUUGCAGAUACCUAUAAUCAUCGAAUUCAAAAAUACGUGAUGAAUGCUUUAAACGGUACAACAAUAUGUGGAAAUGGAUCAACUGGUUCGUCGUUAAAUCAGUUGACAUAUCCUUCGCAGGUACUGGUUGACUUAAAUGGAAAUAUUCGUGUGGCAGAUUUUGGACGUCAUCAAGUUCUAUUAUAUAAUGGUACAUCAACCGGCUUUCUCAUUGGAAGUUCCGGUGGUUACGGUAUUUUAAACAAUCAAUCCAGACAUCCUUAUGGUAUUGAAUAUGAUUCAGCUUCCGACACACUUUACAUAGCAGACUAUACGAAUAAUAGAAUUAUGUGCUAUGUAUCGGGAGCAUCAUCAGGUUUUUUGGUUGCUGGCAACAGUACGCCGGGAACUAGCACUACACUACUAGAAAACCCUGUUCGUGUUUAUUUUAAUUCAUUCUCAAACAGUCUUAUCAUUGUCAAUCACAUAGCCAAUAAUAUUGUUCGCUGGCCGUUAGGUGCCACUAAUUGGACACUUCUCGCUGGUGAUAUCAAUGGAAAUCAAGGAAAUAAUGCAACUACAUUAUAUCAUCCAAUAGAUGUGACUUUGGAUCCUAUGGGCAACAUGUAUGUUGCUGAUAGAGAAAAUCAUCGAAUACAAUUAUUUAUGAAUGGACAAACAGAAGGAAUAACAAUUGCUGGAGUAACAGGGGUUAAUGGUGGAAAUUCUACUUUGUUCAAUAGUCCCUGGUUGAUAGAACUUGAUAGUCAACUCAAUUUAUAUGUUGCCGAUUCAAAUAAUCAUAGAAUACAAAAUUUUUUACGGUAUUGA